AAAAAAAAAAAAAAAAAAAAACCCAACAACAACAAGGCAAAAACAUUACACUCCCCAAAUUUGACUCCAAUUUCUCUUCAACCUCCUCAUUAACCCAAAAAACAGCAUAAUAUUAGCUGGAACUUCUCAAAACAAUACCAACACACAAUUUCAUUUCCAACCAUCUCCAUUUUCUCCAACUUCAUCUUCAUUAACUCACUUACUCACCUUCACCUUCCUUUUAGAGAGAGAAAGCUAAACUCAACUGAAUGUGUUGAGAAGAAAGUGAAGAGAGAGAAAAAUCAACAAUGCCCACCAUUUUCUCUCUCCUCUUCUUCCUUCUACUCUUCUUAUCCAACGGUUCUAAUCUCUCUUACAGUUCUCCUACACUCCAUCUCAACCGUAGGAUCCUUCACCAGCCAUUUUUCCCUCUUGAUUCUUCCCCUGCACCUUCUCAAUCACCUCCUACGCCUUCUCCGCCGCCCUCAGAUUCCUCCCCUGAUCAACCCUUCUUCCCAACUUACCCUUCUCCGCCGCCUCCGCCGUCGUCAACCACCACUCCGGCGUCCCCUUUUGCUUCCUUCCCUGCUAACAUCUCCUCUCUUACCCUCCCUCAUUCUCCUUCCUCUAAGCCUGUUUCUAAGAAGCUCAUUGGUGUUACUGUCGCGCUAUCGCUCUCGGCUGUUAUCAUUGCCGCGGUUGCUCUGUUCUUUUACUUUCGGGGAAGAAGCCGCCGUCGCGGGGAGUGUUUUGAUAAUGAUAAGGCGACGUCUAGAUCGGAGACUACAAACGGGGGCGGGUCGUUUAAUAGUAAUGCUGCUCUUCCCCCUCGCCCUCCCAAGCUGAGGAAUCCUUCUAGUAAUAGCUCGGAGUUCCUCUACUUGGGAACUUUGGUUGAUUCCACUACUAUUAAUGGUAGUGGUGGAGGAGGAAGAGCAGCUAAUUCGGGUGGAGCUCGGAGGGGUGUCGGCCCGAGAAAACUCGACUCCCCCGAGCUCCACCCUCUGCCUCCCCUUAGCGGGCGACACCAAAAUCUCAGUGGACAGCAGCAGCAAAAUCUCAGUGGACAGCAGCAGCAACCGCAUCAAUCAGAACAUCAGUACCAUCAUCAACAACAACAUUUCUAUCAUCAACAACAACAACAGCAGCAGACUCAACAAACACAACACAACCAUGAAAGAGAAAGAGAAAGAGAGAAAGUUGAAGAAGAUCAAGAGGAGUUUUACUCACCAAGAGGUUCAGUGAGUGGGAGAGAGAGUGGAUCAGAUUCUAGAAGAGUGUUUGCAGCUGUUGUUCAAGCUCAAGCGCUCAACAAUGGCGGAGGAGCUAACUCUGAAGAUACUUCCUCGUCAUCAUCGUCUUCGUCGAGCAGUGGUUCUCCAGCUCGAUCAGCAUCGAUCAGUAUCUCUCCUGGAGUGAGCGCGAGUCCGAAGGACAGGUCCACAAACCCUAAAUCUUCACCAGAGUUUAUCACAAUGCAAAUUCAACCUUCUGCGACGGUGUCAUCGCCGCCAUUGCCGGAGAUGACAUUCUCACCGCCGUGUUCUCUCACAUCUUCGCCGGAAAGAGAGAUGAAGCCAAUCAAGGAGGAAGAGGAAGCAGAGGAAUCGCCAUUGUUGUCGAACAAUUCGAGCUCAAGUAGAAUGAAUUCACCUCCAGAAUCGCCGAGAUUAUCGCCGUUGAACGGAAAAAUUGGGAUAAUGUCGCCGGAGGAGAGAGAAUGGGGCGUAUUAGGUCGAAAACCACGUUCUCCGGCACCGACAUCGCCGGCGUUGUCAGAUUCUUCAAGCACUCGGAGUCGAAAAUCGCCGCUUUCUUCAUUGAAACUACCGGCGUUUUUAGGCGGAGGAAAGAGAAAGGAAUCACCAGAAUCAACUACAAUGUCGAAUUCUCCAAUCUCACCUCACUCACCUCCUUCGCCGAUCUCUCCGAUCUCAUCAUCUGCUUCAUCGUCACAAUCCUCAAGAUCUUACUGCGCUUCGCCGUUGUCGAAUCACUCGAGUGCAUCAGCUCGAUACUCGUCGAAAUCACCAGAUGUUUGUAAGCUGAACAAUUCAUCGCCUGUUAGGGUUAGCAGCGGUGUUGCACCACCUGCACCACCACCGCCGCCUCCGCCACCUCCUCCACCAACGAGGAGGUCUCAGAGUCCACCGCCACCACCUCCGCUACCGCCUGUGAGUGAACCGUCUGUAUCGGUUUCGACUCCACCACCUAGACCAGUGGCAGUUGAGAAGCGAGCGGGUGAAUUCUCGGUGGAAGGUUCUGGAAGUGAGGAAACCACGCCGAGGCCGAAGUUGAAGCCAUUGCAUUGGGAUAAAGUUAGGGCGAGUUCAGAUAGGGAAAUGGUGUGGGAUCAAAUGAGAUCAAGCUCGUUCAAAUUGAAUGAAGAAAUGAUCGAGACGUUGUUCGUAGUAAAAACUCCUAAUUCGAAUCAGAAGGAAAUGCCGGGAAAGCAUGUUCAACCUUCAUCGGCGCAAGAGAAUAGGGUACUUGAUCCAAAGAAAGCUCAGAAUAUUGCCAUUUUGUUAAGGGCGCUCCAUGUGACAAUGGAGGAAGUUUGUGAAGCUCUUUUGGAAGGUAAUGCGGAGACUCUUGGAACAGAGCUUCUGGAGAGUCUACUGAAGAUGGCACCAUCUAAGGAAGAAGAACGCAAACUGAAAGAUUACAAAGAUGAUUCACCUGUCAAGCUUGGGCAUGCUGAGAAGUUUUUGAAGGCCGUGAUUGAUAUACCUUUUGCAUUCAAGAGGGUGGAAGCAAUGUUGUACAUGACCAAUUUCGAGUCAGAGGUUGAGUACCUAAAGAAAUCUUUUGAAACGCUUGAGGUAGCAUGUGAUGAGCUGCGGAGCAGUAGAAUGUUCUUGAAGCUUUUAGAAGCAGUCCUAAAAACAGGGAACCGCAUGAAUGUUGGGACAAACCGCGGUGAUGCUCAUGCUUUCAAGCUUGACACAUUGCUCAAGCUUGUCGAUGUCAAAGGCGCUGAUGGCAAAACCACGCUUCUGCACUUCGUCGUGCAGGAAAUUACUAGAACUGAAGGGCAACGCCAAUCCACUGCCAACAACGAUGUUUCAAAUGAUGAAGCCAAGUGCCGGAAGAUAGGAUUGCAAGUUGUCUCGAGUCUCAGCUCAGAACUUUCCAAUGUCAAAAAAGCUGCUGCCAUGGACUUUGAUGCUCUCAGUAAUGAUGUUGCAAAGCUUACUCUAGGUCUUGCAAGUAUUGGGGAGAUUGUCAGAUUAAAUGAACAAACACUUCCCCAGGAAAGCAACAGAAAGUUUUCUGAAUCACUGACCAAGUUCAUGAAAAUGGCAGAAGAAGAAAUCUUCAGAGUUCAAGCCCAGGAAAGUGUGGCUCUUUCUCUCGUAAAGGAGAUAACAGAAUAUUUCCACGGUAACUCAGCUAAGGAAGAAGCUCAUCCAUUUAGAAUCUUCAUGGUAGUGAGAGAUUUCCUUUCAGUCCUAGAGCGUGUUUGUAAGGAAGUCGGGAUGAUAAAUGAACGGACAAUAGUCAGCUCUGCGCAUAAAUUUCCAGUACCAGUGAACCCAAUGCUCCCAGUUCCAGUAAAUCCAUUCCUCCCCCAAGUUUUGCCUGGUUUUCCUGGGAGAAGGCAGUCUAGCUCCUCUGUUGAAGAUUUUUCGCCGUAGUGUUGGUGAGGUUAGCCUGGUAGAGAGGCUCUGUAUAAAGAAACUAGCCUGCAGGAUUUUUUUUUUUUUAACAUCUAAUUAUAUGUAAUUUCCAUAUUUUUGUAAUUAUUAUAUAUAAGUAUAAUUUUGGAAAUCGAUUUUGAUCUCAUAGGAGGUACCAGGAUAGAUGACUGCUUGAUUUAUGCUGUAUUAAAAAUAAUUCAUCAAUGGCGAAGAGCCGAAGACAAAAAUUUAGAUAUUUGCUCUAA